GCCCAGCCUGGCACCGGCGGGAUCCAGCGGCAGGGGCGGGAGCCUUCCCCGGGCUCGCCUCCCUCGCCUCGCCGAGACCCGCGUCCCCCAAGCGCGUCGGGAGGAGGCGAUCCCGGGCCGGGGAAGUGCCGGGGAGCUGGGGGGCUCGGGGCGAAGCAGGCAGCCGAGGAGAAGGAGCCUGGGAGCCAGCCCCGAGGGGACGGACACAGAAGCUCAGCCGGGGAGCGAUGCCUUCAGCUCGGAGCCGGGCCGUCUCCGCGCCCGGGGUGCUGCUCCUGGCUCUGAUGCUGCACUGCAACUUCGGGCGCUGCGGAGCAGGAAUUGAGUACGGGGAUGUGCUUCCAGAUUCCUUCCCGUCAGCCCCUGCAGAGACCCUCCCCCAUUUCCUACUGGAGCCACAAGAUGCGUAUAUUGUAAAGAACAAACCUGUGGAGCUGAUCUGCAGAGCCAACCCAGCCACUCAGAUUUACUUCAAGUGCAAUGGCGAGUGGGUCAAUCAGAAUGACCAUCUCACUAAGGAGAGCCUGGAUGAGGUGACUGGGAUGCUGGUGCGUGAGGUCCAGAUCGAGGUAUCGCGGCAGCAGGUGGAGGAGCUCUUUGGUUUAGAAGAUUACUGGUGUCAGUGUGUGGCAUGGAGCUCUGCUGGGACCACGAAAAGCCGAAGGGCCUACGUCCGGAUAGCAUACCUGAGGAAGAACUUUGACCAGGAGCCUCUAGGGAAAGAGGUUCCACUGGAACAUGAGGUGUUACUGCAGUGCCGCCCCCCGGAGGGGGUGCCAACAGCAGAGGUGGAGUGGCUGAGGAAUGAGGAUGUUAUUGACACCACCCGAGACACCAACUUCCUGAUAACCAUAGAUCAUAACCUCAUAAUCAAGCAGGCCAGGCUUUCAGACACCGCCAACUAUACCUGUGUGGCCAAGAACAUUGUGGCCAAGCGCCGGAGCACCACAGCUACUGUCAUCGUCUAUGUGAAUGGUGGCUGGUCCACCUGGUCAGAAUGGUCUCAAUGCAACAACCGCUGUGGCCGUGGCUGGCAGAAGCGCACCCGGACCUGCACCAACCCAGCACCUCUCAAUGGUGGUUCCUUCUGUGAGGGGCAGCCCUUCCAGAAAAUCGCCUGUACCACGAUGUGCCCAGUAGAUGGAGCCUGGACAGAGUGGAGCAAGUGGUCAGCUUGCAGCACGGAGUGCACCCACUGGAGGAGCCGGGAAUGCACUGCCCCAUCCCCGAAAAAUGGAGGCAAGGACUGCAGCGGAGUGUUGCUGGACUCCAAAAACUGCACCGAUGGACUGUGCAUGCAAAAUAAAAGAGUUCUAACCGAACCCAAAAGUCACUUGUUGGAAACCACGGGGGAUGUGGCCCUGUAUGCCGGCCUGGUUGUGGCCAUCUUUGUUUUCGUCGUCAUCCUGAUGGCCAUCGGAGUGGUUGUGUACCGGCGCAGCUGCCGGGAUUUCGACACUGACAUCACAGACUCCUCAGCUGCUCUGACUGGAGGCUUUCACCCAGUCAACUUCAAGACCUCCAGGCACGACAAUCCCCAGUUGUUGCACCCUUCCAUGCAGCCUGACCUAACAGCCAAUGCCGGUAUAUAUCGUGGCCCGAUGUACGCCCUGCAGGACUCCUCUGACAAGAUCCCAAUGACCAACUCCCCCCUGCUUGACCCACUCCCAAACCUAAAGAUCAAAGUGUACAACUCCUCCACAGCAUCCUCCUCCCCCAGGCUGAAUGACGGGGCAGACCUGCUUGGGGCAGUGCCCACGGGCACCUACCCAGGGGACAUUGCCAGGGACAAUCACUUUAUGAACAUAAGGAACAAGGCCAUGGGCUCUCAGCAUCUCCUCGCCCUGCCCCGGGAGCAUGGGAACAGUGCCACUGGCACAUUUGGCUGCUUGGGAGGAAGGCUCACUAUCCCGGAUACAGGAGUGAGUCUGCUGGUGCCUCAUGGAGCAAUCCCACAGGGAAAGUUCUAUGAAAUGUACCUGAUCAUCAACAAGGCAGAAAACACACUCUUACCUUCAGAAGGCACGCAGACAGUAUUGAGUCCCAUGGUGACUUGCGGACCCACUGGGUUGCUCUUGUGUCGUCCAGUCAUUCUCACCAUCCCCCACUGUGCGGACAUCAACUCCUCAGACUGGAUUUUCCAGCUGAAAACACAGUCCCACCAAGGAAACUGGGAGGAAGUUGUGACCCUGGAUGAGGAGACCCUGAACACUCCCUGCUACUGCCAGCUUGAGCCUAAGUCUUGCCAUGUUUUACUAGACCAGCUUGGCACCUAUGUUUUUGUGGGAGAGUCCUACUCCAGGUCAGCCAUCAAGAGACUCCAGCUGGCUAUCUUUGCACCUACCCUCUGCACCUCAUUAGAAUACAGCCUCAAAGUGUACUGCCUGGAGGACACACCAGACGCACUGAAGGAAGUGCUCGAACUGGAAAAGACUCUGGGUGGCUACCUGAUAGAGGAACCCAAGCCACUACUCUUUAAAGACAGUUAUCACAACCUACGCCUCUCCAUCCAUGAUAUCCCCCACUCGCUGUGGAAGAGCAAGCUGCUGGCUAAAUACCAGGAAAUCCCCUUUUAUCACAUCUGGAGUGGCAGCCAGAGGGCUCUGCACUGCACCUUCACCCUGGAGAGAUACAGCCUGGCUUCCACAGAGCUCACCUGCAAGAUCUGCGUCCGGCAGGUGGAAGGGGAAGGGCAGAUAUUCCAGCUGCACGCUACACUCGGAGAGAAUGCCAGCUCCUUUGAUGCCUUCUGCUUGUACCAUGGCAGUGCUGUGACUACCCAGCUGGGACCCUAUGCCUUCAAGAUCCCGCUAUCCAUCCGGCAGAAAAUCUGCAACAGCCUUGAUGCCCCCAAUUCAAGAGGAAAUGACUGGAGACUUCUUGCUCAGAAACUUUCCAUGGAUCGGUAUCUGAACUACUUUGCCACCAAAGCCAGCCCAACAGGGGUGAUCCUGGACUUAUGGGAAGCCCAGCACCAAGACGAUGGUGAUCUCAAUACCCUGGCUAGUGCCUUGGAAGAGAUGGGCAAGAGCGAGAUGCUGGUUGUCAUGGCAACAGAGGGGGACUGCUGAUGUUACUUUCAAGUAGCUGGUAGUCUUCAGGCAAUGGAUGAGAGAGACAGAGUGGAGGGGGGAGAGAAGGAGGAGGAAGAAAAUAGGGAACAGCCUUUCCUGAACUGAUGGGGAAGAGUUGUGGGAACGGGGCCAAUUUCUACUUUGUGUCUGGUGGGUUGCUGAUCUGUAGCUAACAAUGAGGGGUAAAGGCAAACUCCUUCUCCCACUCCUCCCUCACCAAGUCACUAUCCGCCUUAGAGAUCCAACCACACCGUUUACAAGCAAUCCAAGUGUUAAACAGGCUCUCCUCCUCCUGGCCAUCCUCCGGAGUGCAGCGCAAGAGCAGUGCAUCUUUGGUGACUAUGAUGACAGCCAUUGGUGGAAGUGGGCAGCUGUUUCCGCCAUAGCAUGCAGGAAUAUAGGGCUUCUAGAGUCUGGGUUGAGGUUUAUUUUUGUUUCAUUUUGGGGGGGGGGUUUCUUCUCCCCCCCACCUUAAUUGUUCUUCUUUAAUGGCAUUUAUGCUUAGAAGACUUGAGUACAAUCUAGCCAAACUGCUUACUUCUGUCAAAUGCUUCAGACAGCUUAUUGAGGGGAAAAAAAGGAAAAAAACCAGUUUCUUAGGAAACGCAAAUAAUUUAUUAUCCAGAUCUUUGGAUGAGUCCUUUUUAAAAAAACAAAAACAUUAAGUCUUUUGUGUAUGAGCAAGAGCAUCAGUCUGCUUUGCGUGAGAAUGAGAGAGAGAGAGAGAGA